AUGAGUCAACCUCCACCUCCUUCAGGAACAUAUUUCCCAGUUCCAGACCCUGAGUAUGCAACUUCACAUUCUCAACCACCCACAUAUGAAUAUUCCCAAGGGCCUGUUGAUAGUAAAGUAGGAAAAAAAUGGAACCCAAAGCCAAAAUAUCAAGAUUUAUGGGCCGCAAUAUUGUUUUUUAUUCAUUUUGUUGGAUUUGUUGUUCUUAGUUACAUUGGAAUAAAGGAACUCGUGACAAAUAAUGAAAUAAACAAUAGUAAUUCCAAUAUUAAUUUGGAUUCCAAAACUAUAUCAUUACUGGUUGUUUCUGGUGUUCUUGGAUUUUUUUUAAGUCUUAUCUAUAUGAUCUUUGCGCAACGGUUUCCCAAACCAUUAAUCAAAAUUACUUUAUAUCUUUCAAUCCUUACUUAUUUCAUUGUGGCGGCCAUCUACGUUUAUUAUAAACAAUAUGUACUGGCUAUUCUAUUUGGUGUAUUUGGAAUAUUGUAUUUAAUAUGUGCAUUUACUUGGAGAGAUCGAAUUCCUUUUGCAGCCAUAAUGUUAGAAACUGUAAUAAGUAUUACUAAAAAGUAUUAUGGUACAAUUAUAAUGGGAUUCGUAGGUUUAAUAUUACAAGUAGCAUGGUCUGUGUGGUGGGCAGUGAGUAUAAUUGGAGCAUAUCAAUAUUUUUAUGCCAAAGCUGAAUGUCAAACUACGACCCAAAAUGGUCAAUCGACAACGUCAUGCAAUAAUAUUUCACCUGUUUAUAUAGUUUUAGUAUUUAUGGUGUUUAGUUUCUAUUGGACAAGUCAAGUCAUCAAAACUCUGGUUCAUGUUACCGAUUCUGGGGUUUACGCUGCAUAUUAUUUCCUUGAAGGUACAAUUCAAGGAAUUGGUUCAGCUCCCACCAUUAGCUCAUUGAAACGUGCCUGUACUACUUCUUUUGGUAGUAUUUGUUUCGGGAGUUUGAUUAUUGCAUUAAUCAAUACCGUAAGAGUUAUUCUUCGUACUCUUGCAGAAAAUGAUGAAGGUGCUUUGGGUUUUAUCGCUGCAUGUUUUGCUUGUUUAUUAGCAUGCAUUGAACCUCUGGUUGAAUAUUUCAAUCGUUAUGCUUAUGUUGAAGUUGCCAUAUAUGGUAAAUCAUAUUGUCGUGCUGCCAAAGACACCUGGGCUUUAAUUAAAGAUCGUGGUGUUGAAGCUAUUAUAAAUGAUAAUCUUAUUGGAAACGUUUUGGUGAUGGGUGCUUUCUUUAUUGGCGUUCUUUGCGCAUUAUUUGGAUUCGGUUACAUCAAAAUUGUUAAACCCGAUUUUAUAGAUAAUAAUAAUUUAAUAUUACUAUUUGUCAUAAUUUGCUUCUUACUUGGAUUUAUGAUGAUGGUUGUCGUAACGGAUGCAAUUGAUUCUGGAGUUACAACUACAUUUGUUGCGUUAGCAGAAGAUCCAGAAGCAUUAAGACGAACUAAACCAGAAUUAUUUGAACGUAUUCGCCAAAGAUGGCCUCGUGUUGUUCAGGGAAUUUAA